AUGGAUAGUCAAUUGGAUUCACCGGUUGCCAAAUCGGGCGGUAAUCUAAGUGUCGGUCAGCGACAACUUGUUUGUCUGGCCCGAGCACUGUUUCGUCAUACGUCUGUACUGAUCCUCGACGAGGCCACGGCUGCCGUCGAUGUGGAAACCGAUGCACUUAUUCAGCAAACUAUUUGCCAGGAGUUCAGUUCGUGUACUGUACUGACAAUUGCCCACCGAAUCAAUACAAUUAUGGACUCGGAUCGGGUAAUAGUGUUCAACAAUGGACGGGUAGCCGAGUUUGACGAACCCGAUGUUUUAUUGGCCAACAAGUCUAGCAUUUUCUAUACACUGGCCAGUGAUGCCGGAAUUAUUUGA